GCGGAAGAUGGUCCUGUCACGGGCCAAGGCCUCGGAGCUGCACAGCGUGCGGAAGCUCAACUGUUGGGGCAGCCGCCUCACCGAUGAAGCUGACGCCAGCCCGCACAGUAGCUGACAUGCUGCAUAUUUGGCAAGAGAAACACCCCUGUAGCAGAAAACAAAGACAUCGCACUUUCUCCGGCCUCUGCCACGACGGGAGCUGCUGUGGUCGGGGCCCGUCUGGCUCCGUGCCUGGCGAGUGGCAGGCACGCAGCUACUUGGGGGCCGCACCACGCAGCAGCCGUACAGGCUGGGGAGCUGGAUGGAUCCACCUGAGCCCCUCACUGCUGUCUCCCGCUGGCUCAGCAGUGGCGACAGGGUGUGAGGUCCCCGGUCUCCUGUUUAGCCCCGCCGUGUUGGCCAGAAGGGACUUCCAUCCUUUUCCUCUCAGUCAAGGACAGCGAGAUGAAAGGUCCGGCACAGGGGGCACUGAGGUCGCCUUAACUGAGGUCCUUUGAGGGCGUCUAAAAUUGGGACUGUCCGUCUGGACGGCUGGCAGUACGUGAUGGCAUUGACGCAGCGUCUCCUUCAGGCUGAGUGCACGUCCUGGCUGCAAAGUGGGGCCCGCUGCGGGGCCCGGUGUGGGGCCUGUGUGCUCCUGAGCAAUCUGUGCGGGACGCGGGGCGGCGGGCAGCCUGCGUAGGCCCUGCGAGGAGCUGGCCGUGCCUCCACGCUGUCCCUCUGCUGGGCUGGCGGACAGAGGUGAUGUCAUAGCACCAGCGGAGUCUGCAAGCAUGUGCCUUUCCUCCCCAGAUCUCCAUAUGCCGGGAAAUGCCCAGCCUGGAAGUGAUCACCCUCAGCGUCAACAGCGUGUCGACCCUGGAGCCCAUGAGCCGGUGCCGGCAGCUGAGCGAGCUGUACCUGCGGGGCAACUGCAUCCGCAGCCUGGCCGAGCUGUGCUACCUGCAGGGCCUGCCGCGCCUGCGCGUGCUGUGGCUGGCCGAGAACCCGUGCUGCAGGCCCGACCCUCACCGCUACCGCAUGACGGUGCUGCGCAACCUGCCCCGCCUGCAGCGGCUGGACAACCAGGCUGUGACUGAGGAGGAGCUGUCUCAAGCGUUGUUGGAGGGAGAGGAGGUCACGGCCCCCAGCAGAGAGGGCACAGGGAACGGCCAGACAGAGCUGUCCUACACCCUGAGCACCAUGACCUCUGCCGAGACCCACGGGGACCCGCUGAGCUUCGGCGAGGAGGAGGCAAGCAGCAACGUCCAGGGGCAACUCGGCCUGAAGCCCCCGGCCCGGGACCGCUCCCCGUCCUUCUCUCAGAGGGAGGCUGUGAGCAGUCGCAAGAACAGGAGCAAUGUCCUGACCGCCAUCCUGCUGCUGCUGCGGGACCUGGACGCCGAGGGGCUGGAGGCCGUGCACCAGGCCGUGGUCGGCCAGCUGCAGGCCCUGCACAAGCGGGACUUGCAGGAGGACAUGGACUGACCCGGCGAGGGCCCAAGCGGCCAGGCCGUCCUCUCGAGACCCGGUGCCGAAGUCUCAGCGCCUUGCCGAGAACCCGGCGGUGACCACCGCAGGCUCCACAGACCCGGCCGGGCCCCGGCAUGCACAGCUGCGUCUUCAGGAAGCCCCCGCCUGCACGGAAGGCCAGGCCUCGCCGUGGACGCCGCCAGUGCGGAGGGCCUGCCUUGACGUGCGCUUUCGGGGGCCUUCCCCGCAACAGAUGUCCCUGACGUCACACCUGGGGCAGUUUGCUGGGACCAACGUGGCCUCGGCCUUCUUUCCAAAGCCAAGAGCCCAGCGCACGUGCAUUUGUCCUGGUCAGGCCUCUGGCUUAGUGCGGGGGCAGAUUCUGGACCAUAGACACCUUCCAGAGCCACGGCCUCCUCGCAGACAUGUCACUGCCACCGCCACCGGACACGGGCGGGGGCUGGGAGGGGCAGCUGCUUGGAGCGCCGCGGUGACAUGGAGUGUGUGUGGGGGCCCUGCGUGAGAGGCCUGCGGGGGACAGGACUGCCAUGUCUGCUCGGGGACCCACGUGUGGCCACAGGGGAAGGACAGACAUCUGGGAACUGCGUUUGGAACGUUUUCUUUCUCUGGGAAGUCACAGGCCUUGCUGUGACGCACAGGAGCUGGGUAGUGAUGCUGCAGCCCCAGGGGCCCUUCCUAGUGACCCCCAAGAUGCAUCUGCACGGAGCGGGAGCCGUGUGACUUCCACGCCACUAGAGAAAAGUCCGUCCUCAUGGGGUCGUGACGAUGGGCUGGGGGGCGAGGCGCAGACCGCGCGUGUGCCUCCUCGUCGCUGUGGGACCUUGGACGCUCUCAAUAAAGCUGCGCCUCGGCAGGAACGUG